AAACUAUCCCUUUAAGCUGCUGAAUGCUCCACUGUGUUCACUGGGGAUUGUAGGACAUGCAAAGUUCAUGCAUCCAAUGUUCUGCUUGACCCUGCCUGAAGCCUCUUGUUUCAGCCUCACUGGUAACGUUAGUGAUAAGAUCAUAGUUAUUCAAUAGUUACAGCUGGAGUUGGUCUUCGUCUUGUACCUUAAAGUGAAGCUUUAGCCGCUGGCAAACAAACUGCAUUUUCUAACCAUGAGAUAACGUUUAUCACCUCACACAACCUUGUUCAACUCUCCUUCUCAGCUGUUGCUUUGUGGGAAUGUAAAGUAUUAGUGACUGUGACAAAUAUACCAGCAGUUUUUUUUACGUCCCAAACAACCUUGAUGUCUAUGAAAGAGCACCUUUCUUUGUCGCAGGACAGGAUAAUAAAGAAGGGGUCAGCGGGUUCUCUGUGUGCAUCGGCUAACUCGCCUGCUCCUACGGACUGCUGAUAAGUGGAUCAGCUCUCGCGGUGUGGUCAAGACUAAGAACUGUAGCCACUUAUCUCCAGCAGCAGUAUUCGAUAGUCACCAAGGGAUUAUUGAGCUGUUCUCACUGUCUGCACGUUUCAACAGCUUCUCAUUAUUGAGGCUGAUUAUUUUCUAACGCAACAAUAAUAUCUGGGACAGUUACCAAACCCGCCUUUAAUGUGGCAGUGCAGCAUGAGAAGGGUGGAUGGUUUGUUUAGAUUAAGUGCACAUGCGCCAAUUUUGUAUUCUGCGUGUUGCUUUUGCUCCUGUUCUUUCUCGUAAACAACUUUCUGUGUGGUGAACAUUGAGGUUGUUCUGAUUGGGGGGGAGACAGAGGAAUCUGGCUCGUCCAGAUUCUUAUCUUGGUCAUGGUCUGUCAGGAGAGGUCAAAACAAACCGAUAGAAAUUGUUUCAGAUGACCCAGAGUUUUUUCAGGUUCAGAUAUUUGAUUAAUUGAAUGUCACUUAUCCAGUAGCACAGGUUGUUUUUGAGUCCCAUUUGUGUUAAAGAUUUUUUGUGUCAAAUCCAGACCUCUUUCAAUUCUCUCUUACGCAGCACAGACUGAAUAACCAAACAAACUAGAUGGUUAUCUCUAUCAAAUUGCAAAAGGGGCCAUGCCAACCCAGUGGAGAGCAUAUGGUGCAGAAUAGUUAGCGAGCCAAUGAAAACAGUUAUCAGAAAAGCUAUCAGAAGCAAAGUGGAGGAACAGAACAUUACAUGUUUAUUACAUGGAAAAUUAAAUCCCUCUGUGUCAGUCUGGGGUUUUGAAAAAAGUCUUGUUGACAAAGCUGAAAAAGCUGAUGAGAAAUGAUUCAUCUGUCAGGAGUAGAGAGGUUGCGGCCACAUUUCAUUUAAGCACUUUGGUUUGUGCUGACCCUGUGUGUCCCAUGUCAGUAAUCUUUCCUAUGUUAAGGCUCUGUGUUUGACUUUCUCACAGAUUUUCUCCACGUUUCCCUCACUGCCAAACACUUUGCAAAAAACCUUCUCACCACUGCUUACGCCUUAUUAUCACGCGGCCCAGGCCCUGUUAGGAGCCCGCUCUCCACUGCUAGUUGGAAAUUUCCGUAGAGCAAUCCUCGUCGUCCACUGUUUUGGCCUGGGUGGGAGUGGGGUGAGGGGGUGUGUUUGUGUGUGGGUGUGGAUGGGUAUAAGGUGGACGGACGGAGAGAGAGGGAGAGAGAGAGUGAGAAUGUUUGAGAGCUGUUUGACUUUUUUCUUCUAUGGUACAAUGAGCUGAGAGGUGGAGAGGACCUGGAUCAUCAUGCCUCGUAAUCUGGGACCUGCACUGAGUCUGCUGCACUGUGAAGGCGUUAAUAACCAGAGCUACAUCUGUGAGUCGGGACACUGCUGCGGAGAGUCUCAGUGCUGCAGCUACUACUAUGAGCUCUGGUGGUUUUGGUUGGUGUGGGCGAUCAUCUUCAUUUUGAGCUGCUGCUGCGUGUGCCACCAUCGCCGCACCAAACACCGGCUGCAGCAGCAACAGCGGCAGCACGAGAUCAACCUCAUCGCUUACCGUGAAGCACACAACUACCCCUCUGUGCCCUUCUACUUCAGGUUUCUGCCAAACUACCUCCUGCCUGACUAUGAGGAGGUGGUCAAUAGACCACCGACUCCUCCCCCUCCCUACAGUGCCUUACACACAGGCCCAUCCUCAGUGGCUUCUAGUCCCCUGGCCUCUGAGCCGCAGGAGAGACACUGUCCAGCCAUCCAGCCUACUCCACUGCCCCAGGUCUCUGAAAGUCUGUGUUGCAGACCCAGCACAGAGGAAGCACAACCUCCCACUUCAGACUUAAGGCCAAAGCCUGACAGCAAGCCCAUGCAGACUCCACAAGAUUCAGGCGUGAUACUCCUCUCAGAUGGGCUCAGUAGGGAGGCACUCACCAGCCAGGAGAAAAGAAGCGGAGAUGGGGAAGAGUCUUGCAAGGACCCCCUGCUGAAGGACCUGUCAGAGGGUUGCGCUGAGGACAAAGAUCGGCUCCCCAAUGGAAGGAGGAGGCGAUUCACAGGGGACUCUGGGAUUGAGGUGUGUGUGUGCAGCACACGUGGGAGCGGCAGUUGCAGUGGAGUAGGAGGGACGGGCCAGGAAGGCAAAGAGUUGAGGGAGCUGGAGAGCCUUCUUGGGCGCGAGGGACAUGGCGACAACGAUGAGGAGGAGGAGGGGGAGGAUGCGGGCGACUUCUGUGACAGCUGCGGUCAUCGGGCCUCCUUCAUUGUGGAGGAGGAGCAGGUGCUGGGUGGGCUGGAGAGGCAGGCCGCUCGUGGACCUUCAGGAUCUCCUCAGGCGGCUCAGCAGAUUGGCAGCGGCUCGCUCCACCCUCCUGUGUGCCUCCUCCUUCACACCAUCAACGAGCAGGAGGGGCCGCACAACAGCACCAACACUGAGCCGCAGGGCUGAAACACAGCUGACACGGCGUUGUCAUAGAGGGAAGGAGAGCACUUAAGACAGGAUAUGGAGGCACGUGCUUUUGUAUUUAAGUGUAUUGUGUCUAAAUGCUUUCUAAGUGAGUAUUUUUAUGAAUGUGUGCAUCUUAGAUAAAACGGGUGUGGAGGAAGUGGAAUCUCAACUGAAGCGAGUGAGAUCCAAAGGUUCCAGACUGGAACAGUGGCCUUAACCUGUGUAUGUUGGGUUAGUUGGGCCAUAAAAGCCCUCUAACAGCCUGUGGCAAUUGAGACUUCUCACACUGCUCACAAACACACACAGUCUGUCAGAUGUCCGUCUCAUACAAUGGAAUCUACUGACAGUUAAAGACUGGAUAGCCGAAGCUGUGAUGUCAGAACAGGACGUUCACUGCCUAGGAUGAACUGAGCUCCUCCUCAAUGGGUGCUUGUAACAAUUCUGCAAAGCCGCUCUUUCCGUUAUAAUAAAAAGAAAAAAAACACACCCAGCAGGAACAUUUUGAAUGAGUGGAAUGUGGAAGUACCACAGUGUGUUUUUUAUGCAAUCUGAUACUGUACAGGGACACCUGAACAAGACUGUGUGGGACGUCCUGUUAGACUCAUGCUUAAGUGCUUUUUCAGCGAUUUAAACCGCUUUGCCUUGUUCCCAUUUUGUUGUUCCUUAUCUGCCCUGCUAGCGAUAGUGUAAGUGCAUUAACAGAUCUUUAUGUGAGCAGUUCCUAUUUUGCACAAAAUGUAUUUAGCUAUAUAAAUGAAAAAAAAAAAGUCAAGACAACUAUUUUUUUCAUAAACUAAAAGUCUUAAAGGACCGAUAUGAAAGUUUAGCUUUUGGCUACAUCUCCAACAUUAGCAUUAACAGCUGUCUACUUAGCAGGCUUGAAGAAAUAUUUUAGGUUCAGACUUUCCUUUACUCACAGAGAAAAGUGGAACGCAGAGCAAAUGUUAACUCUUGUUUUGCCUCUAUUUCUGUCACUUCAUCUUCUUCUGUUAUGGAGUCACUGUAGCGUCCAGCCUGCCCUGAAAAAGUAGUGCUGCUCAGAGGGCAUUGUACUGCCUUUUUUUUUCUUGUAAAUGCAACAAUUGCUAAAGCUCUUGGCUAGCGACCAUCACCAACAAACCGGGGCAGAAAAAAAUUACAAAUAGCACCUUUAAAUUUUAGUUAGUUUCUUAGGGUUUUGUGGCCACAUCUGUAAGAAAUUGACUUCUGUAAAUUGUUUGUAUACAAUCAUUUAAAAACUUGAUUUAAUGAAUGUUUGUAGUAUGUGCCUACCCCACAACAUGCAGAAUGUUGAUGAUCGAUUAGCCUCACUGAAAGUGAGAAAUUGUCAGCAAUCAGGUACUAAAACCAAGAAAAGAAUGUUAAGCUUCAGAGAUUACAACUGAGAUGGGCAACAUCAGACCUCAAACUUUUGUGUCAGUCACUUCAAUAGAUUACCACCUUCACCAGCUACACAAUAUAAAAACAAAGAUUUACACUCUUAAUGUUUCAUAUCAGCACAAUCUCUACCAUUCUCCACUCGUAGUAUCCAUUGAUUAAACAUAUGUUAUAGUUUCCAGUUAAAGGAUUUUACCCACGAGUGAUUGAUUCUGUAAGUCUUUUUUUUAAUAUAGGACAGGAAAUUCUUCAUUUAAAUUGUACACAAAACGUGUAGUAUUAAGCAUUGGUACACAUGGUAAAAGACACAUUUUCUUUCAAUAGCUGCAGUCAGGUGUGUGGGGAAAGAAAAACCUCUGAGGCAAGAGAACAUAGAAAAUGUAUGUAGUUUAGACAAAUUAAUAAAUGAUAAAAACAAGGACCAAAUAAGAUAAGAAAUCACCAUAUGAGUGCCAAAAUUAAUUUGAAACACAAUGUGGUUAACAAGCAAUAUGUGUAAUUCUUCAUUGUGGAUAUAAAGCAAAGAUCAUUUAGAAAAAUCAUAAAAAGAAUCAUAUUAAUAAAAAUAAUAGUUUGUCAUCGAUACACAAAAUAUUGAUUGAUGACAAAUGUGCACAUGAAACAUGAAUUGCCCACAGAGGAGAAAGUUGACGUGAUGUGUGAAUCUUUCACAAAGUAACUUGUUUUUGUUUGCCCACUCUCUGAAAUGAACAGGAUCUGGUGAUUCUAAAUGCUGUUGUGCUGUAGCAAUGUCGUUUUCAAGACUUUCCGAUAUUGUGAUGUCUGCAUAGCACAAAUGUGUAGGUCUCUCAGAUUUAUACUAAAUAUACCAUGAAACAAUCAAACGCAAGGUGUCUCCCAAAAGCUGUAGCACAAGAUAAGAAACUGUAACAUAACUUUCUGUAAUAAUAGUGAGAUGACUGAAUUUUACUCAUCGAAGCCUGAACACACUUUAAAGUGCUUUAUACGCUUUUUGUGACCUAGAAAAUGCAAUUGUGGUACAUGUAGUACAAAGAUUAGCUAUUUUUUCAUAUCGGCUGAAUCCUUUAAAAAAUAUUCUAACUGUAUAAAAAUGUCAAAACCACUUUAUAUUUGCAAAUUGAGGACAAUAUUCUGUAACAUGUUUGUGAACCAAAAUAGUUGCUUUCAUCAUUUUUAUGGAAUCAGUAGCUUUAUUGUUAUGGACAGAUUUUCUUUUGUCAUUGUGGGUAUUAUUAUUGUUUUUAAUAUUAUUCUUCUGUUGAGAAAAGAUGUGUGAAGGGUACAUGUGACUAACAAUACACUAGAGUCUUUGAUAACAAGAUCAGGGGCAUCUCGCCAAAGACACUUUUUCUUUCUUUACCAGUGUGUAAGGUGGUUUUGCACAUAUUAUUUGAAUGUUCUGAUCAUAAGCCAUUAAUUACAAGUACCAAGAUGGACGUAUGUUUAAUAAACAUACUCUUUUAAAUUCAA